GUGUACGAGUUGUGUUGCGGCUGCAUUUUGUGAAGAGUUUGUUUUGAUUUCUUAUCGUUAUCAGUAAUAUUUUAUAUGUAUUAAUUACAACAAUUGUAUUCAAAAUAGUGUUUCCGUUAUGCUUUGCAAUGUAAGCGUUUCAGGAGCAAAUAAGCUCAUGAAUUAAACCAAAUUAAGCGAGCGUCUUUGUUUGUUUAUUGCCACUGUUUAAUGAAAAUAAGUGUUAUAAGAAAGUUCAGGUGUUGCAUGUCAAAAAUGUGUUAAUAGAAAUAUUGUCUGGUACAGAUAUUUUACGGAAAUUUGACUAAAUUCAACGCUAUAAAAUGAUGCUUUCGCAAGCAGAUACAUCGGCUCUAAUGUCCCCGGUACAUCAGAUGUGCAUUGCUCGGGCGUUGUAUGAUAACAUUGCAGAAAGUCCAGAUGAGUUGGCUUUUAGACGAGGUGAUCAACUAACUGUGCUUGAGCAGAACACAAACGGACUUGAAGGAUGGUGGUUAUGUUCACUUCGUGGUCGUCAAGGUAUAUGUCCUGGAAAUCGGUUAAGAAUACUAGCUGGUGUAUAUGAAACUCCACCUACUACACCAGUAAUUCAUCAACAAACUGAAUUCUGUGGGGAAAGGAGAUCAUGGCACGUUCAACCAAAUAGGGUGGUAACGCCACAGCGAAGAGGUGACGUUUACGUAUAUGAAAAUCCUUCGGCGAUGACAAGGAAUUCUCCUAUAGACUGUUACGAUACUCCACGUCCGAUUCACCAUAGUUUUCCGACUGAGAAUUACGAUACGCCCAGACAUUCACCUUCUACCCCCCAUCUUCAGCAGCAUGACGGUUGUUAUAAUGUACCGCGUCAUUCCCCAUCAGUGCAAUCUCUUCAGGAAACCAUGUACAAUAUACCACGGCAGUCGCCUUCGAUUGUCCAGUUACAACAAGACUCCACGUACAAUGUACCACGUCAAUCACCAUGUACAUCACUACCACAUGAUUCUACAAAUAUACAAAAUGGAGUAUGCAAAGUGCCUCAACUUUUGACAUCUCCAGUUGUUCCUGAAAGCUUGCGACAAUCGCCCAUGGCUUCUAUGCAUGAUAGCAUUUAUAACGUGCCAAGGCAUUCACCGUCAUUGCAGCAGGACAACUAUGACGUACCACGGUCAGUAUCAACUCAUUUGAAUCGAAUGACGCCCAGUAGCUCGGUGAGCAGUCUUACAACUGAUUCUUUAUCCAUUUGUUCGAAUCGAUCUUCCUUGGUAAACAUGCCGGAAUAUGAUGUUCCGCGGUCUCUUAGCGUAGCACAAAUCGAUCUUCCACCAGCACCGAAAGAGUUACCGCUAGAAUUGAGUUCAGCUUUGUACACAUUAACUCGGCUUCAAACAGAAGUCACAUGUGCGACUACCAUCCUUUUAGGCUAUGUCGUCCCAGAUUGGAGAAGAAAAGAUAAAUUAGAGAGCACGGGUAUGGAUAUCAAGUUAUCAGCGAUUAGACUAAAGACUGCCCUAUAUGAUUUGGUUGAAUUUUGUGAGGGUGUUUCCGGCAAUGCAGCAAAGGCACCAGAUAAAGGAAUUUCGCAGAAAAUAAAGCCACUCGUAAAAACACUUAAAGAUGCUUAUAAAAUAAUAGAAGACAGUACUGAAACUUUGGAUGCUUUGGGCUGGUUUCCAGAGCUCGAAGCGACUGUUGAUAGACCUGUACCAAUCUACCCUAAUAACGUUGAUCCACUGGACGAACUUAUUAGGUGCGCUAGAUCUCUCACAGAAGAUGUUAGGUUGGCUGUUUCAUCAAUACAAGGUAAUGCUACAUUAUUAUUUAAGCGUUCCAAUUCGCCACAAAAUGAUAAUAAUAAUGGAAAUUGGAUGGAAGACUACGAUUACAUUAAUUUGGAUGUCAAAAAUAAUCAGACAAACAUUAAUGACGAGUCAGAAGAUAGGCGAUCGUCAACUACUAUCGACGGAGAUGUAACAAAUGUAAGUGAUACAAUAAACGAAGAAGAUUUAGAUUGUAACGAUAGGCAAAUAGUUACAUUUUACGCUAAACAAGCGGUGAUAUACAUGGCAAAUCUUGCAAAUGCAAUUGAUGCAUUCCUGCAGACAGUUGAACGCAAUCAACCGCCAAAAAUAUUUUUAGCUUAUGGAAAAUUUGUUGUUCUAAGUGCACACAGGCUGGUACAUAUUGGUGACACAGUUCAUCGUAAUGUUUUACAAAGUCCAGUUAAAGACCGCGGUUUAAAUUGCGCAAAUGCAUUAAGUGAAGCUUUGGCGGUCACAGUAAAUAAAACAAAAAUUGCUGCAGUGCAAUUUCCUAGUGUUUCAGCUGUACAAGAAAUGGUAGAUUCCGUAGUCGAUAUAUCUCAUAUUGCCAGGGAUCUCAAAUUGAUUUUGCUUCAAGCAUCUAAUAUUUAGUUACCAAACAAAUUAAUGGAAGUCAUUAACUCACUUUACUUUCAAAUUUGAGUAUUGAAUUGUAGAGUAUUUAAAACGCACAUAUAAAAGUUUUUAUUCUUAUAGUAAGUUAGGUACGGGUAGCAAUGAUAUGUUAUUAUUUUACUCCAACUAUUAUAUAUCUCUCGAUUCAUCACAUCAAUACUGAAAUGCACUAACCAUGAGUUUGUUACAAUAAAUUCAAAAGGUAUAAGUGUUUGUUUACAAUAUCUUCAAAAUCAUUCUUUUAAUUUAGAUCUUACUUAUUUAUUGACAAAAUACAAAAAAUAUAGACGUGCAAUCUCAAUAUAUUUUAUUUUAUAUUUAUAAAAACAAAAAAUGAUAAAACAUCAAAAUUCAGUUCGACGCUUAAGGCAUUUUCAACUUUUAUGUAACUCAAACAAGCCUGGUCGAUAAACUAUUUGAAUAUAAGGUUAAACAUGCAUGAAAUGAAAAUAAAAUAAUUAUUUUCAUGAUGCAUAUAUGCGGAAUGAUCUUUUGG